CUAGUUCAUUUGAUAACUCUCUAGGGUGCGUGUUCCAUAUCACAAUAUCUAUGUCACUAUCUUUCCAUGUGCAAACUCCAUUAACAUUUUGAUAAUAUUAUACUUCAUUUCCAUUUGUAUCUUUCUUCAUUUCAUUGCUCGCAUGGCUUCAGUUGUACCCAUUCUCCAUAAUCUCCUCAACCAAAAUUCAAACCUCCCAUCUCUCUCCCAUUCUCAACAACCUCUUUUCUCAAGAUCCACCAACCUCAAAUCCAAAUUCCUCAUCCUUUCAAAAAAACCUAAUAAUCCACCAAUAUUGCUUCUCAAAUGUUCGUCUUCAUCUUCCAUGCUAAACAAACUAGAAGAAGAAGACAAAGAAGAAGCCGAAGACGAUGAAGAAGAAGAAGAAUUAUCUCCACCACCUCCACCUCCACCUCCGCCACCUCCUCGGUUGUGCGAUGUAUGGGAAGAAAUCCAAGGUAAGAACAACUGGGAAGGUUUGAUAGAUCCAAUGGAUCCUAUUCUCCGGAAAGAAAUCACUCGCUACGGAGAGUUUGCUCAAGCAUGCUACGAUUCAUUCGACUUUGAUCCACACUCAAAAUACUGUGGAACCUGCAAGUAUCAUCCUUCGCAUUUCUUCGAUAAACUCGACAUGGCUGAGAGUAGUGGAUACACCAUAACACGGUAUCUUUAUGCAACUUCAAACAUUAACCUUCCUAACUUUUUCCAGAAAUCUAAGAUCUCUUCUGUAUGGAGUACACAUGCUAACUGGAUGGGAUACAUCGCCGUUGCCACCGAUGAAGAAGAAAUUAAACGGUUAGGACGCCGGGACAUAGUUAUUGCAUGGAGGGGCACAGUGACAUACAUAGAAUGGAUAUACGACCUAAAAGACAUUCUCCACGAAGCAAAUUUCAGAAACGACCCAUCAAUCAAAGUAGAAUUAGGCUUCUAUGACUUAUACACUAAAAAAGAAGACUCAUGCAGCUACUGUACAUUCUCAGCUCGAGAACAAGUCCUCUCAGAAGUAAAACGCCUCGUACAAUACUACGAAGACGAAAAACUCAGCAUCACAAUCACAGGCCACAGUCUCGGCGCCGCAUUAGCCAUACUCAGCGCUUACGACAUCGCUGAACUAAAACUAAAUGUCAUCGACGACAACAUCAUCCCUGUAACCGUUUACUCAUUCGCAGGCCCUAGGGUUGGGAAUUUGCAUUUCAAAGAAAGGUGCGAUGAACUCGGUGUUAAAGUUUUAAGAAUAUUAAACGUGCAUGACAAGGUUCCAACCGUGCCGGGGAUAAUAACCAAUGAGAAAUUUCAGUUUCAGAAGUAUAUAGAAGAUGCUUUGUCUUUUCCUUGGAGUUAUGCACAUGUUGGGACUGAGAUUGCUUUGGAUCAUAGAGAGAGUCCUUUUUUGAAGCAGAAUGGUGAUCUGGGUUGUGCACAUAAUUUAGAGGUACUUUUGCAUUUAAUAGAUGGGUAUCAUGGGAAAAAGAAAAAAUUUGAGUUGGUUUCGAAGAGAGAUAUUGCGUUGGUGAAUAAGAGUUGUGAUUUUCUGCGGAGUGAGUAUGGUGUACCGCCGCAUUGGAGACAAGAUGAGAAUAAAGGGAUGGUGAGAAGCGAUGGGCGGUGGGUUUUGCCGGAACGGCCUCAGUUGGAAGCUCAUCCGCCGGAUACUGCACAUCUUCUAAAGUUAGUGCUUAAUUAUCACAUUCACGUUAAUGGUAAGUUUCAAUCAUCAUGAACCAUAUGAUAUUGUUUCUAAUAGGGGAAAAAGAAAGGAUGGAAAUAAUAUGUAUAAAUAGUGUAUAAGAUGUGGUGUUGGCUAAUUGAUGAGGUUAUAUAAGAUGACAAAUGAAUGUGUUUGUAUUUAAGGUUGUCAGUUUAGAUUUGAAAUAAUUGUGAUAAAAGUUGGAAGAAUCCAAACAUACCUACUAAGAAGGUUGGAGAUGCUAAUAAAACAAAAAUAAGAUAAUAAUUUUCUUGAAAUAA